AUGGACAAGGAUGAGGCGCUUGUCACGACAACCGUUCCAGAUUAUCACGAUGGACUAUGGGAGAAGACGGAGAGACGCAAGGAUGACACUCUCCCCUCUGGUUCCUCAAGUAGUGGCGGGUUCCAACGCUACAUAAACCAACUCGCCAUCAACAACUUUGGCUUCACACUCCAAGUAGCAUGGGAAGCUGUUGGCUUGUCAUUCCAGCUUGCAUGGCUCAAUGGUGGCCCUGCCGCGCUUGUCUGGGGGUCUAUGAUCGCUGGCGUCGGCUCUACCCUCGUUGCUACAGCUUUGGGGGAGAUGGCCUCCAUGGACCCCACCGUAGGUGCACAGUACAGAUGGUCGGCGCGCUUCGCUUCAUUCGCUCCCGAGUUCUGGGGGUUUAUUCAGGGCUGGAUCACAGUCAUUGCCUGGAUUUGCAGCUGUGCCGGCGCCUUCUCCUUCAUGUCGAAUACUUUAUCCGGCUUGAUCAUCUUUAACAGCCCAAGCUACGAACCAAAGGCCUGGCACUCGACAGUGUUUCUGAUCGCCUUCCUCAUUGUUCCGCUGGUCCUCAAUCUCUACUUGCGAAAGAUCAUCAACUAUCUGGAAACGAUCGGUGGUAUUUUCCAUGUUGUCUUCUUCGUUGCUAUCGUUGCGACACUCUGCACGCUUGCGAAGCGCAGUACACCCGAAUACGUCUUCAUGACCUUGCACACAGACGCCGGUUGGGAAAAUCCCGGUGUCGCGUUCUCUAUUGGCAUGCUCGCUGUAGCAUAUCCUAUCAGCAGUUUUGAUGGUGUCCUCCACAUGAUCGAGGAGACCAAAGAACCUCGCAAGCGGGUACCCAAAGCUAUGAUCUUGGCAACCUCUCUGAACGCAAUCAUGAUGAUCGCCUUCUGUAUCUGCCUGAUGUUCUGCAUUGGUGAUGAAGAAGCCGUCGCGAAAUCGAUUUUGCCGAUUACGGAGGUCUUCUACUCGGCGUAA